CCAAACAAUUCGUCAAGUCUGCUUCAGUUGCCUGACAUAAUUCAAGAUGCACGGUCUUCUGGGAUUACUUGCUUUUGCGUGCUAUAUAAUAAUUGCAGCAACAGAGUGCUCAACAUCCAAAUAUAGAGAAGGGCCAAGAGAUUGGUUAAGAUGCAGUAAUGCCAGUAUCGAAGAGGUAAAAUCUAAGCUGCAAUGGAAUCUGAUGAAAAUCGCAAUUUCGGAAUCUAUGAUAUCUGAGAUCCCUGAUCGCUCUUUUGCCGUGAACUCAACAACUCUGGAGAUGCUGAAUUUUCACUCUUGUGGCAUACAUCGUAUUGGAAAUGAAGCCUUCCUGGGUUUAGGAUCAUUGAAAGAAUUGAGCCUGUCCUACAACAAAAUUACCCAAUUAAGCGCUGCUUGGCUUAGCCAUCUGACAUCCCUGGAAAGACUAGAUCUAUCUUUUAACAUGAUAACGUACAUCGAUCCGCAGAGUUACCUCAAUCUAUGGAACCUUCAGAGACUGGACAUCAAUGAUAAUCAAUUGAAACAGAUACCGAUGCUAAACUUUGAGCGUAUGCAGCGGCUCAAGAUAAUACGUAUUCAAGAAAAUCCACUGACGUACUUGAACCGAGCUAAGCUAACGCUUUGGCUGAACGAUCAUAAAGUCAAUUACGCAACACGAGAUGACGAUUUUAUAUGGUUCGACAGUGUUCUACACAGUUGCUUGAUCGAUCUACCACAAACCGGAGAGCUGGAUAGAAAAAUGAACACUUGCGUUACGAUGAACAUGUUUGAACAGCUAACUUCCAUUCUAGCGACUUCCCCUUCAAUUCGUGAUUCUACCCAAGUAUGUUAUGGACAAACGAGAAAUCUGAUAGAUUGCUUCAAGAAGAUAAACAUUCGAACCAAUGGUAACAUAUUGUUGAAUUUACUCUCCACUAUAAAUGAUGUGGCAAAAAUAGGAACAGCUUAGGUAAAAUGGAUGAUUUUUGAGGCAUGUGAAGGACAAGACAGGAUAACGAAAAGACAUAAAUGUUAAACUUAUCACGUUGCAUGCGUGAAAUAUUGUAAUCUAUGGGCUGUACUUAAUUAUGUGCAGGUAAAAUUAAGGUUAUUACUUAUAAUGAUGUGAAUCAUUACUAAUGCAAUAGUCGAUUGUACAUUAUACAUAUUACUGACAAGAAUAUCCCCAGUUUAUAUAACGUUUAUCCAGAAGCUUAUAAUACACCUUAAAUUCAUAAAUCAUAAAUAAUAAAAUUGCGAAGAAUAUGCAUAUCA